AUGCCUCGCUACGCGCUGCAUCACCCGGCACCGGCUGAAGACUUCCGCGGCGUCCUUUGUCCUCUUCACAAGAGAGAGGUCUGCAACCACUGCUGGAAGAAACAUAUCGGCAUGAAGAUUGAGGAUCACGGAAUGAUCAAGUGCUUCUGCGAGAGAGUUCUGGGAAACAAGGAGAUCCGGCUCAGGGCUGGCGAAGAGCUUUGGGAGAGGUAUCUGGAGGUUAAGCAAACGAAGGAGAAAGAUGUUCAGGACGCCGUAUUGGCUGCCUUCAAGUUGGAAGAGGCCGCCGACAAGAGACGCGAGGGAGACGAGGGUGAGAAAAAGGCCGACGAGGAUGCUGAAGAGGAGAAGGAAGCGGAAGAAGAUGCCGGGUUCAUUUGUGUUGACAAGAAGGACGCCGAGGCUGAGGAGGAAUGGACCAUGGUCGAUAUCGAGGAGGUGGAGAUUUGA